CAAUAUAAUAGCCCCAUACCACACUACCAAUCUCCACAGAUCCUCAGUUUCUGAGAAGCUCCUUUAAUUUCCCAGUUGAAGCUGAAAUCUUCACAUUCAUGGAUUACAUUAAGCCUGAAAAUAAUGUCACUCUCGUCGCUGUUUGGGCCAUUUUUGCUGUGACAUGGUACGUCUGGUUCUUCUUCUUCAAACCUAAUUACAAGCUACCACCAGGUCCGCCGGGACUUCCUUUGUUCGGGAACCUUCUAUCACUAGACACCGAGCUUCACUCUUAUCUGGCGACUCUGUCUCAAACCUAUGGUCCCAUCUUCACGCUCCGACUAGGAACCAAAUACGCCUUUGUCCUCACCUCCCCUUCAAUGGCUCGUCAAGUUCUCAAAGACCAUGACGUCAUUUUCGCCAACCGAGUAGUGCCGGUCGCCGGCAAGAAAGCAGCCUACGGUGGGAGAGAUAUCGUUUCGAAUCCUUACGGACCUGAGUGGCGAAUGUUGAGAAAAGUGUGUGUAUCCAAGAUGCUCAGUAACCCCACUUUAGAUUCCGUUUACACCCUCCGUCGCCGUGAGGUCCGGAAAACCGUGGGUUUUCUUUACAGCCGGGUCGGGUCUCAGGUUAACAUAGGUGAACAGAUAUUUCUUACGGUGCUGAAAGUGAUCACGAACAUGAUGUGGGGUGAGACGGUGGAAGGUGGAGAGAGGACCGUCGUCGGAGCAGAGUUCAGGGAAGUGGUGUCGGGCAUUACGGAGAUACUGGGGACGCCGAACGUGUCGGACUUUUUUCCCGGGUUGUCAUGGUUUGACUUGCAAGGUUUAGAGAGAAAGGUUAUAGUCUUGGCGAAGAGAUUGGAUCAGAUCUUUGAGAAGAUGAUUGAUCGGCGAAUCAAGAUGAAUAAGGAGAGUGAGAACGAAAGAGAAGAGAGUAAGGAUUUCUUGCAAUUCUUGUUGAAACUCAAGGAUGACCGAGACUCAAAGACACCACUCUCUAUGAUACACGUUAAGGCCCUUCUAAUGGAUAUGGUGGUGGGUGGAAGUGACACAUCCUCUAACUCGAUAGAGUUUGCGAUGGCUCAUAUUUUAAACAACCAAGAGGUGAUGAAGAGAGUCCAACACGAAUUGGAUAGUGUAGUGGGAAGAGAAAAUGUAGUAGAAGAGUCUCAUAUUCACAAACUACCAUACUUGCUUGCUGUUAUGAAAGAAACUCUAAGGUUGCACCCUGCUCUUCCGCUACUAGUACCUCACUCUCCAAGUGAAACCACAAGUGUGGGAGGCUACACAAUCCCAAAAGACUCUCAUGUGUUUGUGAAUGUGUGGGCCAUUCAUAGAGACCCUUCUAUUUGGCAUGAUCCUUUAAAGUUUGACCCUACAAGGUUCUUGGAUGCUAAAUGGGAUUAUAGUGGGAAUGACUUCAAUUACUUCCCAUUUGGGUCUGGACGAAGAAUGUGUGCAGGAAUUGCCAUGGCUGAGCGAACCUUUUUGUAUUUUCUUGCAACGUUGAUGCAUUCAUUUGAUUGGAAACUACUCCAAGGCCAUGAGUUGGAUAUUUCUGAAAAAUUUGGUAUUGUACUUAAGAAGAAAAUACCUCUAGUUGCUAUUCCCACUCCUCGAUUAUCCUGCCCAGAUCUUUAUGGUUAGAAGAAUUUAUGGGAUAAAUUAAUCAUAUAGUGUUUGAUAUGAGCAUCUUUCAAAAUCACAAGUCAAUGUUGUGAAUAAAUAAUGCAUUUAUAUUGUCA